UCUUUUUUUUUAUUUUUUUUUAUUUUUUUUUAUCGUUACUCUCUUUUGUUCUCCUUCUUUCUUUUCUUCUUCUUUCCCUUCUCAAACAAUACCUUUUGAACUGGCGCCUUUUUCGAUUGUGCCGUAAUGGAUUCCCACGAUGAGGCUGUGCCCUUGUCGAGCGAACACUUGCGCCAACUUGUACUCGAAAGCAUUCCACGAUUCGAAGAUUUCGAGCAUGAGGUAGAAAAUAUCAUUCCGUUACGUGAAGGCCGAAAUGUCGAGGCUCUUGCCAGACUGUACUCGAUUGACCCCAACGAACGUCAAGAAAUAUUGGAAGAAGUUAAAAGUGACUACGAGGACGAACUGAAAAAUCUCGAUCAAGUCGAAGAUCCUCUCGAUAUCUUUGUGCGUUACAUUCGAUGGACGAUUGAAAUGUUUCCUCAGGGCCACAAUCAACAUUCCGAUCUCGUCGGUCUUUUGCAACGAGCCACCAUCACUUUCCAGGACGAUCCACGCUACAAAUCCGAUACACGUUAUCUGCACUGUUGGAUGCAGUAUGCCAAAUGGGUCGAGGAUGCCAACGAGAUCUUCCUUUUCCUCAUGAAGAAAAACAUUGCUCAGAAUCUCGCUACAUUUUACGAAGAGUACUCGGCUUACUAUGAACGAAAAAGAAGAGAAGCGUGGGAGGUCUUGGAUCUGGGCGUAAACCGAAAUGCGCAACCUAUUCGACGCCUGGAGAAAUACAGAGACAGAUUCCAAGCACGUCUUGCUCAACGACAAAUCGUCGAAGCCGAUCCGGUGCCUCAAGCCCGAGAACAGAUGCGAGAAAUGGCUCGAGGCCAGCGCAUGAUGCUCGGUCAAAAAACGGACAGUGAUGCUCGCUAUUCCGCUCCCAGCAACGUUAUCAACAAUUCAUCGUCUUCCACUUCCUCCUCAGCCGCCGCUGCCGCCUCCUCCUCACGAGAAGGACGAUCCUUUGGCAACAAUUCCGCCGAUUCCACGGCUAUACCCAAUGCUCGUUUUUCAGUUUACGUCGAACCGGAACCAGCCUCGUCCGUCCCCCGUCCCGCCGCUGCCACCUCACCAUCCCCAUCCCCAUCCACCACUUCCUAUAUACCAUCCGUUCGCUCACGACAUCGUCAGGAAAACAGGCAGGAAGUUUUCAAGAUGGCUGGCACCACACUUCCGAUGAAAAAUUAUGUACCCCCUCCGUCGCAAGCAAUCACAGUAUUCCGUGAUGAGGUAAAAAGAAAAGAAAGAGGCAAAUGAGAAUCAAUGGGGAAAAGAAAUAAUACUAAAAGCCAAUCCCUAUUAGGACGAUCAGUCAGCCGAACCAUCUCAACCUCCGCCAAAGAGAACAAAGACGAAUGGCCCCCUGCUUACUUUUUCAGAGGCGC